AUGUGCGGCGGUGUGAACGCGGUUCCGUGCUCGCCGUUCCUGUCGCUUCGAGCGACACGUUGCCGUGUCGCCGCCGCUAAUCGGUCGCGCUAAUUGGUUCCGCGGGACUAAUCAUGCGCGCCGCGCAUCGGCCGGCCGGCCGGCGGCCGUCCGUCGGGCCGCCGCCGAUCGCGUCCCGAUCGGAUUCAGGUAUCCACGUCGUGGACGAAAACCGGUUUUCACGGUGCGUCGUGAAGCCUCUGCACCUACUUUCCGCUUUCCGCCUUCCACCUUUCAGUGUUAUUGCACGCGGCGGCACACGAUUAUCGAUUAUUCUAGGAGCUACGUACGAGCUGUCGCGGAAUACAUCUCUUUUCCGUUUGUCCCGGGUCAUCUCUCAACCGUUCUUCGGCGCGCGUGUCAUUCGGAGAGUUUUCGAGAAAAAAAUCACGGUUUAAUUUAUCGAAACGUCGGUAUGAAUCAUCCUUUGUUUCCACGAAAAACACGAGAUCGUUUUUUCAGUUGCAUGGCGAAGGAUUAAAUUGGAGUAACGCAGGAUUAAAGCGGAGUCAUAUCCGUCCGAAAACGAUUUGACGAAAAAGUAAUUCUGUUUAUUACAGCAAUCUAAAAUUAAAGCGCGAAUAUUCUAAAAAAGAAAGAACUUGUGUCUGAGAGGGACGCGGACUAGUCGUAAAAUGUAAACUCUUUCUAUGAGAGACCUUAAAGUGUUUGGAUAUACAUUUAAACGAGCAAUUAAAACACAUGAUGUGCUCUUCUCUCAAAUUGCAAAGCGAUAAAGCUCCGUGUUGCUUAGGGUGUUAUAUUUCUGUCGCGAGAUCGACUUCGUUUCCUGCGCCACAUUGUGCAUGUGCGCGCGGCGUAAAUAAUUUAAGCGUAGCUAUAACAUAUCGGUGUAACGAGGUUUCCAGUUUUAUACGGUUCUCCUUGCGGAGUGUGCGUUUGCGAACGAUUCGAAUACUACGCUCUACGUCGCCUCAUUAACUCGGUCUUAUCUAAAUGGUAAUUAGACUUUGAAUAUUUAUUAGAAAUCUCGAAAUACAUUGCAACAAAAUCAUGCAUAGAAUUCAUUAAAUGAUGACGUUAAAUGGUGCUGGAUUAGCUUGAUUAGUUUUUAAAUCUCGGGGAAAAUAACUUGAAAAAUUUCGUAGAAUGAAAAGUGACUUAAGAAAAAUGGUACAAACUCCAAUUUCACUCUAUACAAGAAUUUGACUUCUGUAUAAUAAAUUUUUACUCUUAUCAGCGUGGCGAAUUAUUUGAAAAAUUAUACCGGCUCAUUCACUCCUUUAGAGUGACGUUUCACUCUACGAGAUUUAGGGGAUAUUUAUCAGAAAUGCCUCGAACGAGAAAUCUUCCGAGAUUUACCUUGAACCAGUUGAUAAUGGAACAAAACAAGUAUAUUUCGCGUGCACGUACGACAUUGCGUCAAUAACGAUCGUAAUGACCAAAAAUUGCCUUUUCUAUGUUAUCGCUUAUGAUGUUCACGUUCAUUUGGUGGGGCAGUUGGAGCGCACGCCAGGAAAUCCGGCAUGCCUCUCGGGUAUAUGUACACACCGUCGUUUUAUCAACGAGUCAUUAAGGCCAUUGAAGAUUCCGCGUCGUUAUCGCGGUACUUAUUUCAUUGACCGGACGCUGACGCGGAUAAAUAAGCCGCAGAUAAAUCGGCGCCGUGCUGUCGUGCGACACGAGACGGAUUUGCGAUCGCGAGAGGAGGAAGCUUCGCUUUUAGUCUUUGUUUCCCUUCUCGGCUCAUCCGUUAUCCACUUUAACGAUGGAUUACGUGCGUCAUGUGCUGAUCUAUGUCAAAAUUGGUGGUAGGAACGUAUUCGUGCUAGUCUAUUCUCUUCACGAGCUUUUCUCUCGCAGCGGAAGUCACGAUAACACGCAUCAUUUAAAAUACUUAAUGCGAUCGUCAUUAUAUGCGCUUCGUGCACGCGCGCGUGUGGCGCGUCACGACUUUUUUUACGUAAUAUAUGUGUGAAAAAUAUAUGAAUCGAUCGCAGGCAUACGGAUUUCCCGUGCAACGAAAAUCCGAGCUCAGUAAUCGUUCGGCGAUCGGCCGAAGUACUUGUUGAAUCGCCGUCAUACCGAAGUAUCCAAUUUUCCUAAUGGACUUUAUCGACUAGCUCGCGAUGUGAUACUUUCUAAAUCGGUUGUUCGCCUUUCGUUCGCCUGCAUUGUACGAAUUUUGGUAUUUUCAGCCGCGAGGUAUUUCUGCAUCGGGGUACCCGGAAACAAAAGAUCGCGGCUCUAUCGUUUCUUGCUCGCGCUAGUGUAUAGGUUCACUCCAAUCUUCCGAGCAUAAAGGUUCACUCCAAUCUCCCGAGCUUAGUCAUUCAUUAGCGUUGGUGCAUUCGUUAUUGUUUCGUUUCCGAUGAAGAAUGUAUCUUAAUCUACAGAUCGGUGCACAGUGAACUUAUAAAUCGAGAAAUUACAAUUUUUUUUGCCGAAUAUGUUACUUUUUAAUUUAAGGAUUCAAUAAAGUAUGCUGCGGGAUGUUGAUAUAAAUUUUAUAAGAACAAUCGUGUCUCUCAGAGUGCGUUUAGCUCCGCUUGAUCGCUAUGUACUUGAACGAUGACGUCAUCGGUCUACUCACGAGUCAUGGUCGGUCGCUGUUAAACAAAGAAUCGCUAUCAGCUGAAGUUAAUUACUCCACUUUCAGCAGACUUUUUGUAAAACAUCAAAGCCAUUGUCACUUACAAAAGCAAUAAGUUACAUGUAACAUUUUGUAUUUAUAGUUUCGUUAUGAUGCAUAUUUAUAAUUAGCGCCGCCGAAACGUUUUCACUUUGCAAAUUUGCGUAUAAAUGAGAGCCUGCUUAAUUAUUAAUUACAUAAAUACUGGUUCCCCCUCCUGCUUAAUUACGUUAAUAAUUUAUUAAUUAUACUUUGCUUGAGAUGAGAGCAUAAUAACGAACAACAAUUAAUAUCGAUCGAGUACGGCAUUAAUAUUUUAAUGCUUCGAUCGUUUGACAAUAUACGUGAAAGUAGAUUUGUCGCCUUGGUAUUAUCGUUACGUGUCUUGUGUUCGUAAUCGAAGAAAUUUCGCAACGUCAGCAGAAAUGUAGAUUAUGAUUGGAGAAGCGCGUAUAACCGUCGCUCGGUAUCUCACGGGCGAUAAAACAAUCUAUUAACGAACCAUUAAACUCGAGCACGUUUGAGCAUUAUAAAUUUAAAUGCUAAGAAUCGAGGACGGCACGACGAGGGAUUCGUUUAUGGUUAUGGCGUGGGAGAAAUAUACGUCGCGCCCGUGCAGUAAAUUUACGCCGCGUGUUACCUUACUCGGGCGUUUAAUUGUUAAUUUACGAUGGAAAUCACUUAAUGUCCACGGGCAAGUUCUACGCCCGUAUAUUAUAUGGUUCAGAGGGGGACACUUUUCGAAUAACACGAUUUUGAAAAGCAACAUCGCGCGCGGCUUCUGUUCGAAUUACAUCCGUCAAAUGGGUUUAAUAAAUCUGAACUUGUAAAGUAGUCCAAUAAACUACACUUUAAUAAACCAUUACGAGUAGGAUAAGCCGUAAGAAAUCUGUCGACAAAGAGUAUAAAUUUACGUUAUGUCAGCACAGAUUCAAAACCAUUCAGUUUUUUUUUCUUUUUUUUGUCGUGGUUUUACCUCGACACCGCGCUCUUAUUUGUAGUUACGUGUUUCGUUGGCGCGGUAAAAAGAAAUGUCACGGACGGCGACAUUUCUAUUGUAUCCGCCAAUACAACGGAGAUACGGAUAGACUAUUCCGCGCUUAUAUAAUAGAGUUUGAAGGGACAUUUCGCGAGGAAAACGCGCGAAGAUAAUCGUUGAAAGAAUUAUAUUUAAUUGCGAACCUCUUUCCUUUUCAUUUGUAUUUUAAUCAUUUGCUCUUGUCUAUCUAUGUCGCACAAACUUUCUUAAAAAAUGUGCGACUUAUUCGAAUCAAAUGAGAUUCGAUUUCAAUUAAUUCGGAUUUCAAUUUAUUCGGAUUUGAAUUAUCUCGAUUUGAAACUGAAUUAUUCGAAAAUUUCUCGAAUCUAAGAUUUUUAAAAAUAUGAAUCUCAUAUAUUUAAUAAAAUUAUAUUAAAAAUUACUUUAUAUUACGUAACCAAUAUUAUUCUUCUUACAGUCUAAAAAUCUUCUGUUAUUGUCUGUAUAUUAAUAUUUAACGUAACAAUAAUUAUUUGUUAAUUACGUUAACGUUGUUAAUUAAAAGUUGUUAAUUACGUUUCAACGAUUCGAUUGGAUUCGGCAUUAAAAAAUCCUGAUUUGCACAUCACUAUUUCUGUAUAAGUUAGUUUUGUUGUUCGACGUGAAAUUUUGACAAUUUUAGACACAGCAUUAAUUUUUCAAAGAUGAAAGGGUGAAAGAGCGAAAAGGGAACGCUGCUUUGUAUUAUUCUAUGCGCGGAAUUACGUUUUUCCGUCCAGCUUGUCACGUAGCUAUCAGCGCAACUUUCUAACAAUAAAUAUUGUUCUUGGACGAUAUUGGCUUGGCUCUAAUAACAAGUAGUACGCGGAUCAAUUUAAAUGACGUCAGAUUAUUGCGUUGUCACCUUUGUUCAACACCCAUAUGACAGUUUCUCGCGGAGUGUAAAGCUUUUCAUGUAACGUGUCCUAUUUCUUGUUGCGUCAUGCGUGCGAUUUUUAUCUUUGUCGAACAUUAAUAUGCUUAGAAGAAACAUAGCAUUUACACUUGGACUUAUAACAAAAAAAAAAUGUAACUUUGGCGGACUUUCAUAUCCAAAAUUAUUACCAUAUAUCUCAACAGAAUUGUUGUCUUGGCAUUAUGGAGAAUUAUUUAUGAAGAUUUUACAUGUAAUUCUUAGUUUUUUGUUUAUGUGUAUAAACUCCGUUUAUUUUAAAGACGCGAACGCUAUGACUUGGCACAUACUGCUCGAAAUAAAUUUAGUUGCCAUGGUGAAAACAAAUAUUAAUACUUUCCGUCAAGGAGAAAUUGCAAAACGUAGAGGAUGAUUGACGAACCGAUUUUCAUUAUAUUUUAUUUGUUUGUUUUAGCGAAUUUUUCGUUGCCUCUUUGAAAUCCGUAUUUAGAGUCUAAUUAAAACUCGGCCAGUUUUUAAAUACCUUGGUAUAUUGAUAAUAUUCCAUAUCUUAAAUUAAUAGUACGAAUUCUAAUUAUACUUAUCUGUAAGCAAUAUCAAAAUGGCUUUUGUCUUUUUCUGCGUAUUUUUAUAUUUACCAUUAUUAUUGCAUACAAUGCUUAGAAAAAGAUUCAAAUUUUUUGAAACCGCAUUAUCAAAGUGAAGUACAAGUGAUAAUUUUAAAAAUUUGCCAAAAUUGCAAGAAUAAUAAAAGAAAUAAUAAGAAAAUGAAUAAAAGAAGAUGUGAAUAAGAGAAAGAAUGAUAGCUACUUUUACCUCCUCAGUGCUGUUAAAGGAAAUAGAAUCGCUGCAUAAUCUCGAAAAAUUUCUCUUAGCAGAAAAGAUUCCGAACCCCGAAGGAAAUCUACAAGUUCAUUCGAGAUGGACUGGACGUACGUGAUGCAUUCGAGAUACUCUACCAAUACGUGUUUCAUGCAUUUCGUGGGCGGAAAGUUUUAAUAAAGUACAGGUUGCAUAAAACAACUUCGCUCGCUCCGUGUUACCUAUUACUGUGAUACGACCGAAGUGAAGUCGUCAUGGCUUCGUGCCACAAGACGACGCGCAAAAGAAUGAAGAAGUGGAACGAGCUUCUCUCAAAUUCGCCGAAAGACGCGCAGCUGCCCGCGGGGUUAUCGAUAUCGCGAAAAGUGAACUCGUGGUAAUGAUCGUAAUUAUCGCGCCUCGAUGAGAGACUAUCGGCACGCGAAAGUGAGGGACACGCGCGAAGAUGAUCGCAGUGUCGCUCUUCAUCUGGACGCUAACGAGAGCGCGGGAACGUACGGAAAUCGGGCUCGAGAGCAGGCGAGAUUCCCGAAGGGACUCAUUGUACAGUCGGGACGAUCGGGACCGUGCGGAUUCCAGGCGGAAUUCCAAGGAAACGGCGACGAUCGGACUAGCCAUCGUCGACCGAAGGCGGCAUCGUCCUCGACGGCACUCGCGUCGUUAUUAUGUCGAUCGUAACAAGAGUUUCGACGUGGAAAAUGGCGCCUCGACUUUGGACGGCGGCGCCGGCGGUGGCGGCGGCGCCUCGCCGAGCGCGGGCCUCGUUCUCCAAACGCUGCCCCAGAGGAGGGAAAGCUUCCUGUAUCGGAGUGACAGCGACUUCGAGAUGUCGCCGAAGUCGAUGUCUCGAAACAGCUCCAUCGCUAGCGAGAGGUUCAAAGAGACAGAGCUUCCUGUCGAGCGAGCGAUAUUUACCGAUCAGUACAGCCAUGGCGAGGACCUCAUCGUUACACCCUUCGCACAGAUUCUUGCUUCUCUGCGCUCGGUCAGAAAUAAUUUCUUGUCGCUCACGAAUGUACCGACGAACAAAUCACGAAGGAGUAGUGGCCAACAGGGCAGUAGUACGCCCCAGCCACGGAUUUUGGCGCCAGGAGAGGAGCCCUUCAUGAAGCUGGCUGUAGAAACGAUAGAGGAACUAGACUGGUGCUUAGACCAGUUGGAGACCAUUCAGACUCAUCGAUCCGUGUCGGACAUGGCAUCCCUCAAGUUCAAGAGAAUGCUGAACAAGGAGCUAUCGCAUUUCUCGGAGUCGUCCAAGUCUGGGAAUCAGAUCUCGGAAUACAUCUGCAGCACCUUCCUCGACAAGCAGCAGGAGCUGGAUUUGCCGUCUUUGCGAAUCGAAGAUGCGGUCGCCGCGGCGGGAAGCGUGGAUGCACGAGCGGCGAAGAAGAAGGACCGCGUGCAAAGGGGCCCCGCCGCUAUGUCGCACAUCAGCGGCGUGAAACGGCCGUUGACACACACCAACAGCUUCACCGGGGAACGUGUGCCGUUGCACGGGGUGGAAACGCCGCACGAGGAGGAGCUCGGCAAGUUGCUCUCGGACAUCGACAAGUGGGGCAUCGACAUCUUCAGGAUAGGCGAGCUCAGCAACAAUCGGCCCCUCACCUGCGUCGCGUACACGGCCUUCCAGAGUCGGGAUCUGCUCAAAUCGCUGGCGAUACCUCCCAAGACCUUUGUUACCUUUAUGAUGACCCUAGAGGAUCAUUACGUGAAGGAUAAUCCCUUCCACAAUAGCCUCCAUGCAGCCGAUGUGACCCAAUCUACUCACACUCUGCUCAACACGCCCGCACUCGAGUCCGUGUUCACGCCGUUGGAGAUCACCGCUGCAUUAUUCGCGGCUUCCAUCCAUGAUGUAGACCAUCCCGGACUCACGAAUCAGUUCCUCAUUAACUCAAGCUCCGAGCUCGCGCUGAUGUACAACGACGAGUCGGUGCUGGAGAAUCAUCAUUUGGCGGUCGCGUUCAAGCUUUUGCAGAACGAGGGCUGCGACAUAUUCGUAAAUAUGACGAAGAAGCAACGGCAGACGCUGCGAAAGAUGGUCAUCGACAUGGUCCUCUCGACAGACAUGUCGAAGCACAUGUCGCUGCUGGCCGAUCUGAAGACCAUGGUGGAGACAAAGAAGGUCGCCGGUUCCGGCGUGCUACUGCUCGACAACUACACCGAUCGUAUCCAGGUGCUGGAAAACCUGGUACAUUGCGCCGACCUGUCUAAUCCGACGAAACCGUUGACUCUUUAUCGACGAUGGGUGAGUUUACUGAUGGAGGAGUUCUUCCUGCAAGGUGAUCGCGAGCGGGAGCAAAACAUGGACAUCAGCCCGAUGUGCGAUCGGCACAGCGCGACCAUCGAGAAGUCGCAAGUCGGCUUCAUCGAUUACAUCGUGCAUCCACUCUGGGAGACCUGGGCGGACCUGGUGCAUCCGGAUGCGCAGGAGAUCCUGGACACUCUCGAGGAGAAUCGCGACUGGUAUCAGUCCAUGAUACCACCAUCGCCACCGUCCGACGAGCAACAGCCGACGAACGAGAAUCAGCAGCAACAAGAUAGGAUACACUUUCAAGUGACGUUGGAGGAGGGUGAUGAGAGCAGCGAGGCUGUAGAGGGCGGCGAUACAGGCGGUGGCGGGGAGUUCUCCAGCGAGGACCCGGGCGGUGAGACAGAGGAAAACGCCACGGAGGCUGGGAUGUGACGGAGGCUCGCCGGUAUUUGCAGGAAGCUCCAUGAGAAGGUACAGCAGAGUUGGUGGCGAGUGCGUCAGUGACAUUCGCACCUAGCCGCGCCUAGUCGCCGGUCCUUUUGUAUCGACCUAUGCCACGUCGGCUGGACCACGAGGGAGGGCGGCAUUUGAGAUGACGGGAGGGCCGUCUCGGGCGGCAAGAGGGACAACGUCCCGACGACGACGGAACUAUGGUUCGCGAAGUGCGAAGAUACUUCAGGUUCACUACGUUUCGGCUGGACCGAGACGAGCGACGCGAACGGACGAAGCUGCGCGUCUUUUGUCGUCGUCAUCAUCGUCACCGUCACCGUCGUCGUCGACGUUGUCGUUUCAGUUUUGUUUCCGCGUUUCGUCUCAUUGAAUACUAUCCAGCGGGAGGGGCGAAUCUCUCUUCACAAAGUACCUGCGCAAAUGAAAGCGGCAGCUGCAUGUUUGCUACGUCGAGUGGGUGGCAAGUUUUUUUUUCUUUUUUUAUUUACACACGCACACGCCGAGGCCGAUAAUGAUCGACGUACGGUGAUCGUCCAUCGUCCACCGAUCAUCAUUUUCUUCGAUUGAUUUAACGAUGUUGUGUCGCCGUCGAAGGCUGGAGGAAGCCUCUCUUCCAGGACAUGCAGGAUCCUCAACAACAUAUCAACAGUGUACGAUAUAUUAUGGAUUCUAGCCGAUGCUUAGCGAUACUUCCGAGCAGAUCGAUGUCUCUGUCUUCUUCUUGGAUUUCGAACGCCGCGCGGAAAUUGUUGACACGUAAGCCACGUAUGAGACUUGUACUUGCGUAUGACGGAAGUUUAUCGAUUUGUUCCGAAUUCCUGCGUUAAGUAAUGUCGCGUCGUAAGCUUAACGAUGCGUUGCAUUCUCGCGAUUUAAUUUUGCGAAUGAUCCAUGAAAUGGUUUCGUCAAUAGUCGAUAUGGAUUGGAUCGAGCUUGAUUUAGCCGAAAUGCACGCUGUAUCGGAAAGGAAUAAAUGAUGAAAUCAAUAAACAGUUAAACGGAAAGGAUACUCAGUUGCAGUUAGGCGCGUUCAUCCUUUUAGUUCUUCGACGGUUAUUCGAUAGUCACCUACUUAUCGGUAGAGGAAGGGAUACUUGUCUUUAAUCGUAAGAUUUUGUCAUGUUCGCUUCGUAGACGUAGACAAGUUCGUAAGUGAAUUGUUCGUAAUCGAGAAAUACGAGAAUCCAGAAGUAGCCGCGUGUCUAUAAAGGAAAUGCUAGAGCAAACACGUAGAGUAUUACCCGCUGUCUGCGUGCUUUAAGCGAAAGGAGCGCGGAAGGCAUCCGCUUCUUUUUCCCAUAUCAUGCGGUCGGCGGGGGAGCACCGAGCAGCAGAACGUGGGAGGGCGGAGGAGGGGGGUAUUGAGAUAAGGGUACAAUUAAUUUUAAUACACAACUACGUCGAAAGCUGGUCUUUUAAGUUUGUAUUAAAAUUAAUUACCGGAGCCGCGAGACGCUUUCUUGCGAUAUAUACGAUACACACAAGAAUACACGCAAAACACACACAUACACACAAUACACAAAUGCAAUACGUACAACUACAAUGCGAGCGAGGAUAUAUAUCGAUAGAUGUUUUUAACCAAAGAGUAAUAUAAGUGAUUGUUAAGUCGAUUGUGCCGAGCGUGCCGUUCACCAAUACGUCUUCUGACGACGAAUAAUUCAGCGACGGUAAACGUAUCGUCCUGGAAUUUUGCGUGGGAUAUCGGAAGGGAGUGUCUUUACCACGAAUGUCCAUGAAACGCUCAAAUUUGCAAAUUCGUUCGAGGUUCGAGCCGCGAUUGCGACCCAAAUGGAUUUGGAUCGUGAACGCGCGCUGGUACGAACGCCGAACGUACGCCGCUGUGUUUUUUAAACGUACAAGUUAUGUCAAUGUGCCGCGAGGAUAAUUUUUCUUUUUCUCUAGGACUACCGCGAGUCCUUUUAAAAAAAAAUCUUUUAAUUUCUGAGGAGGAGCGGAGUGGUCGACCGUAUUGGUGGAAUGGCGACAAUUUCGCGCCUCGAUGAUAUCAGGGAAACGAAUGGUUAUUAGCAACUCGAUGAGCGAGUGUAUAUCGAGGAUCAGCCUAAAAGAAUAAAAAAACAAAAUUAACGUUUCACUACUACUCUAAGUCGUAAGCUUGCCAUCGACUGCGCGAAGUAGGGAAAAAAUUCGAGUCUGACCGUGAACGUGCGUAAGCGACCGGGUAGCUCGGGCUCACGUAAUCGUACAUUUCUUAAUUAUAUUAAGAGAAAUUACCUAAAAAAAUCGCAUAACAAAAAGAAGAAAAAAAAACGGAAAAAAUACUACGGAGAAAGCAAAAUCUCUAUGUGUGUUGUAGACAAUGAUCUAGUGAGUGUUUUGGUGCUGGCCACCAAGCUUUAGCGCGUAAGAAAACUCCGAGGUUCACGAGAGUCCGCGACUACGUUGUUAAGUCAAGAAAAAAAGGGGGGGGGGAGUUAACUUAACGAAGUUUUUAGGGCGUAAGCAACGAGGUUAUAAUAAUAAUAUUAAUAAUAAUUACUGAUAAUAAUCAUAAUAUUAACAGUAAUAAUAAUGAUAAGUGCGAGAUAAGAAAGAUACUGAUUUAUUAAUUAAUGUUAACGAUAACACUCGCUGGGCGAACAAACGAGUGAUCGAGAUCGCGUUCGCUUCAGCCGUCGGGGGCGUCGUCGUGUGAGAGGAGAAAAGGGGAGAAAGUGAUGAGUGAGAAGAGAAAGGGGAAGAAGUGUUAUCGAUGAUGUACCUCUGCACUGACGCCGAGUCUGCGACUUGGCGAAAGUAUUCAAUUAGACGGCGAUCUUUGAAUUAUUUAGCGCGAGUGCGUCCUUGAUUGUAUUUUUUGGCGUGGACGAGCGGAAACGCACUCUCGUUCUUUCCGUAACAUUUUUUCUUGUCGCUCGUCUCGAUGGAUCUCGCGAGUGUGUGCGCAGGUACAAAGAUAAAAAAUAAAAAAAAAAACGCCACAAGAUACGAUUUUGUCAUACAAAUCUUACUGGAUCAUCGCGAUUUAUCGCACUUCUAGAGCGUCGUUGUUCUGGAGCAACGAAUGGUCUUCUCCAAUAUAGUCUGCCAAUUGCUCGUUAAAGAAUAAAAAAAGAGAGAAAGCAAAAAGGGAAAAGUACAUGUAAAGCAUUGAAAUUGACGGUUCAACGAUGAUUUAUAAGUACAACAAAUUGCGAUGAUUCAAUGAGAUGUGUAAUAAUAUUUAGUAAUAAUAGAUUGAUAAUGAUGAUGAGAUGGGGAGAAAAAAAAUAAAAAUACCUGUUUGAUUGCUGGACAGUUAAAUGAAUGUAUUAAUAUCGUGUAAUCGUCGUACGAGAUAUAUGUGUAAUAAAACAUAUUUAUUGUCGGAA